GCUCACAACAUGAAAGAUUGUACAGUUACCAUGCAUGCGCCACGCGAUUUUAUCUACAAAUAAUGUUGUGUUUAAUACUAGGAAUGACUACAUGGAUAAUUUUGCGUAGUUAUUUUGGUCGCUGGCACAAAUGAACACCAUGUUUGUCUCUGUGAAGACUGUACCUUCAUUACCAUCGUUUCUAAGUGCGAAAAAGGUAUAUAUUGUCUCAGCCCAUCCCCAAAGUCUAUUCUUCUUCAUUUCAAAAGUGGUUCCAGCAAUCCCAAUUUUCUUUUGACACAUAUUGCUCGCCAGUAUUUUGAUUUUGCUAGCCUCAUCGUCAUCCGAGAUGUUGAGCUUCACCUCGCUCUCGAUUGCAACGGCAAUAGCGACACUCCUUCUAGGCACUAAUGCUGGUCCUUUACUAGCCGAAAGAUGGGCACCAGAACUUCCUACAUGUACAAAUACCACGGACUUUGUUUACGCAGGUUGUUUCAUAGAUCCAAGCUCCCCAAGUGCUUUAUUAUUCAGGACCGAUCUCAAUAGUCAAAACAUGACCGUUGAAAUUUGUAUUGAUUUCUGUAAAGGUAAUGGAUACAAAUAUGCUGGAUUGGAAUACUAUGGUCAAUGCUUUUGCGGUGCCUCUGUUGGUGGCCCACAAACAUCAGAAUCAAAUUGUUCUUUUCCAUGUACUGGAAAUAACACUGAAUCGUGCGGUGGAAAUGAUAUUAUCUCUGUUUACCAAGAUACCACAUUCCCAACCGUCGAUAAUACCACCAUUUCUGAUUACACACCAAUGGGAUGUUAUUCUGAUCUUGGGCCUAAUGGUCGCACUCUUGCAUGGAGACAAGAUCAAAUCCCCGACGCCAAGUUAACAAUCGAAGCUUGUCUUCAUGCAUGCAAAGAAGGAGGUUAUGCUUUUGCUGGAGUUGAAUAUUCAAAAGAAUGUUAUUGUGGUGUUGUACUUGGUAAUGGAACCGCAAAAGUCGAUGAGUCAAAUUGUCAAAUGACUUGUAAUGGUAAUACCACCGAGUUAUGCGGCGGUGCAGCAAAUUUAUAUCUCUACGUUGCGGAGGAUUUGUUGUCAGAAAGCCCUUGCAAUGGUAAUCCAGGUGGCCCAGCAUCAUCUUCGACCGGUUCAUCUUCUCCAUCUACUUCGACUUCUGCUUCUGCUCCAGUAUCCUCAUCGACUGGAACAACCAUUAGUUCAACUUUGAGUUCAUCCAGCUCGAGUUAUCCUUCUUCUUCAUCGAGUAGUACUAGCUCAUCUGCAGCAGCUUCCACAACAUAUUAUUCUCCACCGCCAUAUACGCCUCCACCAUAUACACCUCCACCUUACACGCCGCCUCCUUAUUCUUCCACUCCGGCAUCUUCGUCUACCUAUUCAUUGGCUCCAGGCUCUCCCUCUUCCUCGCCGGCUUCAUCUGCACCAGCAUCCUCAUCAUCAUCGGUUUCAUCAGCCGCUCCAUCAUCUUCGUCGACGUCGGUUUCUUCGCCUUCUUCUUCAUCAACUCCCUCGAAUUCCGCUUCGUCGUCGUAUUCAUCUGCCUCAGCUUCUUCCUAUUCUUCUCCAGCCUCUUCUUCCUCCCCGGCAUCAUCUGCUUCUUCCUCGUCGGCUUCUUCUUCGUUGCCAGCCUCCUCAUCGUCUUCCGUUUUAUCAGCUGCUCCAUCCUCGUCUUCCGUACCUGUUUCUCUGCCAUAUUACUCAUCGCAACCAACGACAUACUCAUCGGCUCCCGCAUCUUCUUCCUCGAUUUUACCUCCUUCAUCUACUCCGCUAUUAUCAUCGUCAUCAAUCCCUUCUACUCCUCCAUCAUCAUCACCUUCCUCGACAGCAGGACCAACGUCUGCGAUAUUCUCUUCCUCUACGAUUUCCUCCACUAUUUCUUCGUUUUCUUCGCCUUCCAAUAUUCCUCAAUCUUCGACAACGACAUAUUCUUCAUCCUCGGUAUCUUCAGCUGCUUCAACAUCCUCGACAACUCCGAUUUCACCCUCGAGCUCCAUAUCAUCCACGCAACCAUCCACUAGUGCCUCUCCGACUACACCAAAAACUAGCGCUACAAUUUGCACUACCACUAUUGUCACAACUCCAACUUCAACCUGCGAAUAUAAAGUUGGAAACUGGUGUUCUAGUCCCCUCCCUCCCUUCGCCGAUCAAAGUUCUUGUUUGGCUGCUGCAAAUACUUGUGCUGUACAAUUGACUUCCUGUCUUUUGUCCGCUGGAUUCUCUGGAUCUCUCCAGUGUUUACAAUUUUCUACUUGGUGUCAGGAAGUUGAAUCUUAUUGUGGAAGCUAUUGUCCUGGAUCUUCUUGUUCUAAUAACGGAUGUAAAUCCAAGCAUCCUCCCGCAGGCUAUACACCCCCGGUGAUCAGUGUGAAAACAAGUAUCUACACCUGUCCCACCACUAUUCAAACCUCAACAUCCAAACCUACAUCUACCACUUCAAUCACUCCUCUUCCCACAUGCAACAAUAUCUGUGCUCAACCUAAUAAUCCAUCCCAAGGAUACAGUUCCUAUUCUCCUGUCGGAUCAAUCCCAAUUCCAUGCUAUACAUGCAACAAUCUACAACCAGAUUAUAACUCAGGACAUCCAUUCAAGCUUUAUACGGCCAAAACUUCAGAAAAUAGUCCGAGUUACCAAAGACCGGAUUGUGGACAAGGAUGUCAAGAUGCUUGCGACGCGCAAUACGAAAGUUGUGUGGGUACUUAUGCUCAGGGUUGUGGAUAUGGAGGUGGUGAGGGGGGCGAUACGUAUGCAAGUGCCUUGGUGAAAUGUGUGCAACAAAAGGCGGAUUGUUAUAUUGUUAAUGAGGGGGUAGGAGGUGAGGGAAGAUGUGGGAGUUAUGGGGUGGGGUAUUAGAUUAAGAGGGGAUAUGGUCAUGGAGAGAAGGGGUUUUGUAGUAGUCAUUGGACUUUCCAUUUUUGAUCGAUGCGAAAAUGAGGUGAUAUUUGAUGGAGGUUCUUUUCUGUCUUUCGGUGAGAAGAUGAGUGAGAGAGUUGUAUUUUAGCCAGCUUCUUCUAACAUUCAUCGCGCAAGAGUUGAAAUCUUUACAUUCUAUAUAGAUAUUUAUUAUUAUUAUUAUCAUUCCCACUCAUCUCCCAAUACUAUUUUGACAUCA